AUGAAGUCGGAAGGAUCAGCCCGGAAUCAGUACAUAGCCACAUUUUGUGUGAACUUGCUGGCCAUCGGCUAUGGUUUUUCAUGCGGAUGGACGUCUCCCUCGGUUCCGCUGCUGUUAUCCAAUACAACUCCGUUAGACAGUGGACCUCUUUCCUUGGUCGAAGGCUCCUGGAUUACGGCUAAUCUGUGUCUCGGUGGUUUUCUGGGAAACACGCUUGCCGGAUGGACUACAGAACGAUUUGGACGCAAAUUGACUGCCUACAUGGCAGCGAUCCCUCAGAUUCUAGCUUGGAUGAUGGUUAUCUUCGGAACAAACGCUUACUACCUGAUGGCGAGUCGAUUCCUUGGAGGUUUCUCCGGUGGAGUCUGCUACAUGGUAAUCCCAACUUUCAUAGCGGAGAUUGCCGAAGACCGCAUUCGGGGCUUCCUCGGUUCUACGCUGGUGUUAACCAACAACCUGGGAAUUCUGGUGAUGUAUGUUUUGGGUGAUUUGUUGGCCUAUGAAAUGGUGCCCUACGUGGUGCUUCCACUGCCGUUGAUCUUCAUGCUUUGGUUUUCGUUCAUACCAGAAACACCAUUCUAUCUGAUGAAGACUAACAACUACGUGGAAUCGGAAGAUGCCCUACGAUUUUACCGUGGUUACCGCAAAGGCUCGUUGAAGGAAUCGGAGGAAUUCCGUCAGGAGCUGAUGCAAUUGAAAAAUAAAUUUAACUCCGAGAAGUCUUCCUUUGAAGACGAAAAAUUAGCCUGGAGGGAUAUUACCACUCCUCACGCCAAGAAAGCCUUCUUGAUAGGAUUUUGUUUGAUGGCGUUCAAUCAAUUUAGCGGUUGUUUUACGAUGAUGAACUACACGGCAUCAAUCUUUGCCGAGUCCGGAUCUAGUCUAUCGGCCAAUGCGUCCGCAACCGUUGUCGGAUCAAUCCAACUGUUAGGGACCUAUCUCGCAACUAUCCUGAUCGAACGUGCUGGUCGAAAAUUGCUGCUGACGAUAUCCGGCUUCGGGAUAGUGCUAGGGAUGGGAUCUUUCUCUGCAUUUUCCUUCGCCAAAAGUUUGGGCCAGGACGUGUCGGCUAUCAGUUGGAUUCCGUUGGUUUGCUUUUCCUGGGUCAUCUUCAUUGGAUCGGUAGGGGUUUUGUCCGUCCCAUUUGUGAUGCUGGCCGAACUGAUGCCUCAAAAGAUUAAAAGCUUCUCGUUAUCGUUGUGUAUGAAUAUUUUAUGGCUCUUUGCGUUUGCAGCACUGAGAUUCUUUCCAGCUCUUUCGGAAUCGCUAGGAAUGCAUGGCACGUUGCUCCUGUUCACAUGUUGCUCACUGGCUGGCACAUUGUUCGUGGCUUUCGUUGUUCCGGAAACGAAGGGACAGAGUUUCGAUACAAUUUCGAAGCUAAUGAGUUGA